UUCGAUGAGGAUGAUGCAGACGUUAUACUGCGUUCCUCUGAUCAUGUUGAUUUUCGGGUUCACAAGAUCAUCCUUUCACUUGCGUCUCCCGUCUUCAAGGAAAUGUUCAAUACGCCUCAGCCUUCCCAUCUCCCAGACACCGAUGAACCUCAGAAUAGUUUACGAGUCAUCGCACUCGAGGAGGACGCGGACACGCUCGAUUUUAUACUCCGGAAGAUCUAUCCGGUCCCUUCGCCGAUUGUAGCGCAGAUGGACGACCUGCGCUUUGUGAUUGGACCUUCACAGAAAUAUCGCUUCAAGGCAUUCAAUGGAUUUGUAGAGGAGUCAUUGAAAAAAGCAAUGCUGUGGGAGCCCCACAGCGUGUAUGCGAUUGCCUGCCAGUAUGGAUUCCCAGAGGUGGCGGCGGAGGCGGCGCGCACUAGUCUGUCAUUGCCAUUGACGACUCCUUCUCGCUACCUGGACCGUAUAUCUGGAGAACAAUACUUUCGCCUUCUGUCCUACCAUCAAAAUUGUGCUGCA